AACGCACAUGCGCAGAAAGAACGGAUCCGUCUAGAACAGUGGUUCGCUUCUAAUACAACGCUGACUCACUCAUACACUCGCACAAAACUCGCUCUAUUUUCAUAUGAAUAUUUACUCUAUGACUCCUAAAACACUAUGAAGAGAAGAAGCAUAGAUCCGUCCAAGCUACGGAGACCGCUAAAGCGAUCUCGGAUCACUGAAUCUAUCUAUGGAAGUGUCUUCUUAUAUGUUCGAUUCUUUCUGGUGUGGAUUCUAGUGUUAACGGCGGACUUCUUGCUCGAGUUUCGCUUCGAAUAUCUGUGGCCUUUCUGGCUUUUGCUUAGGAGUGCAUACGAUUCAUUCAAGUACCAAGGGCUGGCAUUCUCUCUCUUGUUUCUCACACUGGCCUUUUGUUCGGAUCUAAUAUGUCUUGUUUUACUACCCGUACAUUGGUUAUUUUUCGCUGCAAGUACAUAUGUAUGGGUACAGUUUGUAUGGCACACAGAUCGAGGUCUAUGCUUACCGACGGUGAGCCUAUGGCUUUUGUUCGUAUAUGUCGAAGCAUCUGUCCGUCUUCGAGAGCUAAAAAGUCUACCAUUCCAUUUAGACCUCUGUCGACCAUUCGCUGCGCAUUGUAUUGGGUACCCUGUGGUCACACUUGGCUAUGGUGUUAAAAGCUAUGUUGGUUACAAGAUGAGACAGCGCAAGAUGCUUCAGGUCUCAAAAGAGAAUGAGUUUUACAUGCAGCUGAUAAACCAGGCAUUGCCAACAGAUGUGGCAACCGCAGCUGAUAAUACAACAGAAAGACAUACAAGAGCCAUAGCAAAUGGGAGGAUACCUGAUGGUGAAUCAGUGUCCACCAAGACCCGUCUUCUUCACCCGCCGGUCAUGACAAAUGGUAUAAACACCAAGUCAGACCUUGAACUUUUAAUAGCGAACGAGGCGGGUCGUCGAGGGCUUAAGCUGAGUGAUCUGGAGGCAAGCACUGGGGUGCGUACGGGCAACAGUGCUUUGCUAAAAGAGCUGGAUGCUUUAUCUACCAUGAGCUCAAAAAAGUCCAGUGAGGACCACAACUUAAAUGAACUUGAAAAGAUAUCAUCCGAAGGAAGCGGUCGUGGUAACAAGGGGCGUGUCACAAGUAAUGGUACUUUGGGCAGAGGUUCAACUAAAAUGAAUGGGCGUGUCCAUGGUCAUAUAAAGGAGUAUGAGGAAGAGGAGGACGACACAGAUAGUGACUCUCUGGGUGUAUCAUGUAACUCUAUGGGAAACAGUCGCAAGAGCAGCCGGAGUAACUCCCCCAAGAGCCAGGAUCUGAAGGCAGCUGAUCACGGGCCCAGCAUGCUGGCUCAACUCAAGGAGGAAAAGUCUCUGCGCAGGCGCGCUGAGAGCACUAGUGUUAUCCUCGAGAAUGAUCUGAAGAGAGUAAAGGUGGAGCUGCAAGCAAGUCGUCAGACUGAGCAGGAGCUACGCUCAACCAUGCACAGUUUGAUGGCCAACGAGCGGUCGGCCAAGGUGGAGCUGUCACAGCUCAAGGCAGAGAACGACUCGUUACAGCACAAGAUCCAGUCCCUCACGAGCUCAAGGCAGCAGGAUCGGAGCGCCAUCUCGUCUUUGGAACGGAAGCUCAAAUCCGAACGCGACGCCCGACUGCUCGCCGAGACCCAGCUUCGUGAGGAUCGCAAACGAUACAAAGCCGAGGGCGCGGCGGCCAAACAACGAGACGACAGUAACCUGCAUGAGCCAUGCAUCGCGCUUCGCGAGGAGAUUGAACUCGAGACCCGUCAGCUGCGAGCCAUGCUCUCCGACAAAGACAAGGAGUUAGAACAGCUGGAGCGAGAGACGGAGGAAUUGAGGAAACGGACCAAGGAGAACGACAGUAUGCAAUUGAAGAAGGAGACCGAGGUCCUGAUGACCGCGCUGACUGCCAUGCAGGGAAAGAACACCCACUUAGAGAACAGCCUUAGCUCCGAGACCCGUCUCAAGCUGGAUCUAUUCUCCGCACUGGGCGACACUCGACGACAGCUCGAGAUCACUCAAAACAAACUCUCCAGCAAGGAGCGGGACGUGGAAACCCUGAAAGCCAAGAUCGCGGAGGUGAUGGCCGUCAUGCCCGCCACGUCCUACCCUGGGGACUCCCCUGGGGGGCGCUUCUCGGCCAAUCACCUGCAUUCCCAGUCUGCGCAUGACCUGUCCAGCGCGCUGGACCCGAGUGCGCCUUGUUACAUACCAUCAAACAAACAGAACGGCUUGCUCUGAAGAGCUCGUAUCACUCACUUGCCGAGACCCCACUUAGGUUAGUUGGUUUGUUAGGCGUUAGCAAGGCUUUAUAGUUCGGUUACAGUUGUCGGAGGCAUUUCUUGUGCUGGCGUAAUGCGUGAUCCUUUUCCCAUUUUCACUACCUUUUCCUACCCUCACUCCGCCCGUGUUUCUCUAUUUUACACGUAUUCUCUUUUCGUCCCUUGCUGGUAUCUCUUUCACUCCCUCACUCACCCCCUCUCAUGUUUCCCUUUCCCCAUCCACACUUUCCUUUCUCAUAUACUUACUCCAAUUGGAUAAUCAAAGAACCCAAGAAGUCGAGAACACGGUACAGAGUAUCAAAUAAGCUUCGCCUCAACUCUCUCAAAGUUUCCGUCUUUAUCUUCAAGGCUCUUGAUGAGAUGUUUUAAUUGAAGUGUGCCACAGUUUGUCGAUUGGAAUUAUUUAUAUAAGAGUUCAUUGAAAAUACUCAAAUCAAAAUCCCCAUUAUGCUCUUCUCAAUCUUUCCUCUCUGUUUGACUGUCUAUCCAUCUCUUUAACCUUUAACUACCUAAUCAUUCGUAUACCUCUACCCUCACGUGUUAUCCCCACCCCGUGACCUACGUGAACAUGUCACGCGUCAGGUUUGGCGUUACCCUUUAGCGUUCAGUAUUGCGUGACAGCACUUCACGCGUUAAUUGUGGCGUUAUCUGCUUGACGUGCAGUAGAACAGAAAGCAGCACUAACUUGUGCUUAGUGGUUACGGCAUUUGCUGCUGGUUAAUUCCGUUGAGUACUGCCUUAUUUAUAUGUAUUAGUGUCAAAUACUUCCUACUUUAGAUGCUUUUACACCCAACCAAUCAGGACCCGAAGAACUAGUGUGAAAUGGUACUACUCGUCAGUGACUCGUUACUAUUCGGGCGUCAGUCGGGACCAUUCGGGCGUGAUUCGAUACUAUCCGAAAGUCCCGAAGUUCGGGAUUCUCGGCAGUUGGUCGGCUUGCACAGUUUCCGUCAUUUUCCUUGCACGUUACAACUCUCUCCAUCCCCAACCCUGUUGCUUGGUAAUUGAUUUGAAUAUAGUUUGGAAAUCGUUAGCAUUAGUACUUGGUGUAGGGUGCAACUUUCUCUUAGCUUCAGUGGGUCUCGGCAGCAAGACACUGACCUCGUGGACACGAAGUAUCAGCCGCGAACUGCGUUAAUGUACGUUAUACGUUAACGAGAAACAAAGAUCUGUAAACAAACAGAGUGAAAACUAGAUAAAUAAAUUAUGAAGCAAGAAAA